GCCCACGAGAGACCUCCCGAUCAUAUCCAUCCUGUCGCCAGGGGGCCACGCAACGGCAUGCAAAGCUUCCGCCGCGCGGCCGCCCAGCCGCGCGACGCCAUGCCCGCCGCCGCCCACCGCCCCAGGCGCUCGGCGUCCAUGCCCUUCCACGGCGCCGGCGCCGCGAAGGGCAGGGACCCCUCCCCGGCCCCGGCGGCCGGCGGGCGCGCGCGGCUCCGCGACGAGCAGCUCCGCCAGCUCCGCGAGCUCUUCCUCCGCUUCGACCUGGACCGCGACGGGAGCCUCACGUUGCUGGAGCUCGCGGCGCUGCUCCGCUCCCUGGGCCUCCGCCCCGCCGCCGGGGACGAGAUCCACGCGCUCAUCGCCGCCAUGGACGCCGACGGCAACGGCACCGUGGAGUUCGACGAGCUCGCCUCCUCCCUCGCACCGCUGCUCCUGGGGCCCUGCCGCCCCGCCGUCGCCGUCGACCAGGCGCAGCUCGCCGAGGCCUUCCGCGCCUUCGACCGCGACGGCAACGGCUUCAUCUCCGCCGCCGAGCUCGCGCGCUCCAUGGCGCGCCUGGGCCACCCCAUCUGCUACGCCGAGCUCACCGACAUGAUGCGCGAGGCCGACACCGACGGCGACGGCGUCAUCAGCUUCCCGGAGUUCACCGCCGUCGACUUCCUCGGCCUCGCCGCCUUGUGACUCUCUUCUCUUUCCCUCCCUUCCCACCGGUCGGUCGAUUCCCCGCUUCCCUCCCUGUUCGUGCGCUCCGUGCCUCUUCGUCUCCAUCUCGCAAUCGCUAACGCAUUUACAAUCGAGCUGGAUUGAAUUGGUCUUGUGUAUUGUGUGAUAUGUGGAUGAUGCGAUGGUGUAAAUAUGUUGCUCUAGUGCAUGUUCCAUUUGACACUGCGAUUCAUCAUGGAAAAAAGGGAAGAAUUAUCCUACCGAA